AUGUCCUCGGCGCCCCGAGCGCUGGCGGCCGGGCCUGCGGCGCCCGCUCGGCUCCGCUCCCAGCACCGGGGCGCCGCGCCGGCCUCGCUUCCUCAGAGUCACCGACCCAACUUUGCCCAACUCGGCGGGGCAGGGCCCGCGCCCGCCGCCCAUCCCGCGCCGCCCCGCGCCGCCCCGGCGCCCUCGCCGGCCCCUCGGCGUUCGUCAGCCCGGCCGCCCGGCGCGGGGGGGGGGGCGCGGGGGGCGGACGCGGGCGGCGGUUUCAGGCGCCCCGAGCUCCCGCCCCACGCACCUGGCCCUCCGCGUCCCGCCGCGGGGAGUGCGGGAGGCGCGCGGAGCCGGCGCGGUCGCACGCGGCCCGGGGCCGGCGGAGGCCCGGGAUCGGCGGCGCGGGGCGGGCGCCGGGGCCCGCGGGGAGGCACCUUCCAGCGCGGCCGCGGAAGCCGAGCCGGGUCACGGCCACAACAAAAGAAAAGUCGCCGCAAGAGGCCGAGGGGGAGGCGGCGGCCCCGCGCCCCGCGCCGCGCCCCGCCCCGGGCGCCGCCGCAGCUGCACCGCUCCCCCGAGCCGCGGCCGUCCCGGGCGCCUCCGCAGCUGCACCGCUCCCCCGAGCCGCGCCGUCCCGGGCGCCUCCGCAGCUGCGGCGGCCCGCGCCCUCCCCCGCCCGCCGCCCUCCGCACCCGGGAGGCGCCGCCGCCGCAGCUGCACCGGCCCGCGCCCGCCCCGCGCCGCAGCUGCACCGGCCGGGGGAGGGGGCCCGGCGCCCGCACCCGCCCGACCCCGCAGCUGCGGCGGCGCCCGUCCCCGCGCCCCGGCCUCCCGCAGCUGCGCCGCCCCGAGAGCUCCGACCCCGCAAACUAA